AUGUAUGUCUGUGCUGGAGUAUGCAAUAUUGAGGAAAUGGAAAAAGACAAAGACAAAGCUUUACCAUUUAUUACAACUGCUGACUUUACACCUUAUUUCCUGGGGAUUAUUGCAUCCAUGAAUGCUGGAUAUUGGGUCGACGAAACCGGAUACCAGAUCCACAAUAAUGAGUAUGGAACGAAUGCACCGCAGAAAUCACGGGCAAGUAAACUCAAGGGGGAUCCUCCAUUGUUCGCCGGCUGCGAAAUGCAGCUCUCUGGACAAUUCGGUAACCCCACUAGAGAUGAAAUUGAGCUCAUGAUUCGUGCAGGUGGAGGAAGAGUUGUGCCUCAACUCUUUCUUCGUGAUAUGCGGUUUGCAAAGUCGAUAGCUGCCACUACAUUGCCGCCACCAUCAGAAAAUGGAAACGACAAUAAUACUGUGCGACAUCUUAUCGUCUUUGAUCAAGCAGGAGAAGGAGUUAUUAGCAGUAGAAAGCUUAAAACGGAGGUGAAGGCGAUGCGUGAACUGGGACAAUCUCUAGGCAAGCGCGUAGAGGUUGUUCAACGCAAAAUUUUGCUUGAGUGCAUUGCAGCAUAUGAUAUGGAUAGACUUGUGGAGGCGGACAUUGCAUAG